AAAAUAAACAAACGUGUUUUGUUAGUGUGCUAAUUUUCAGAGUGUUUUAUUUUUUAUUCUCGCUGAGGACAUUAUUUACAGACUUUUUGUUCUGCGAUACCGGUAUAAGUAGUCUGUAGAGAGUGUCUUUAAUAGUCGACAGCUUUUGAAGGCACAAGUGUCAGUCCUGCGAAUGUUAGCCCCGAAGCUCAAUGAUGUGGCUGAUUAAUAAUGAAGGUUUUCAUACAGCAUCAGAUUGUGUGGACAAAGACAGCUUAUCGACCUUAGUUAAAAAGGAAAUGUAUCAACGGAUCAGCACUCAAAAUCAACGCUAGCUCAUAUUUUCAUUGCUUCAUUUCAUAAGGAACAUAGUCAAUUUCACACAAAAAAACAAAAAACAUAUCAAGGAGUUAAAACAUUAACAAUAUUCAAGAUAACUGUGGAUGGACCGAAGAACUGCCUCAUCUGGUUCUGUGUUCAUGUGUCGGCUGUGCAACCUCUUCUCUCCCAGUCGCUCUCAGCUGCUGGCCCAUUGCUCCCAACUGCACCCCCAGCAGGAGCCUCCUGAUGACAUCAUCAUUGCUCUGCAGCCUCUUGUAGGAGAGCCUGUGGAGACGCUGACAGAGAGCCCAGUGAAGCGAAAACGAGGACGACCGAAAGGCUCUACCAAGAAGACGCGCACAGAUUUGACAGAGUGCAUGACCGACUCUACCCUUUCUCAGGAGGAUAAUGUUCAAAGAGAAGAAGAAGGCAAUAAGGAGGAGGGAGACAGACAAUGUAGCUCAAUACAAGCCGAAAGCAAUGACGGGAUGUUGGGGCUGGAAUGUAGAGACUGCCAUCGCUCGUUCAGCAACAGACGACAGAUCCUUAAACACAUCUGCCUGAGAGAAGAGGAAGUUGACGAGGACGAAGAAGAGGAGAAUGGGAGCAUCUGUGGUGGAGCAGGAGUUGAGGCUUCUGGAAGUUUGGAUCCUGGGGGAACAGAUCCAAACCAGAUGCAACAAAACCCAGCGAGACCAGGACUCAUGAGAGAAAAAGACGUGGGCAGCUUCAGACCCCCGAGAACCAACCGAAACGGGACGCAACGCAAAAACGCAACGGGAAACAAAAAAUCGGUCAUCAGUGUUGUUCUGACAGAAGAUAAAACACUUCCAGGUGUUUCUACAAUGGUUCCAGUAGAGGACAAUUCAGCAGAAACAGAGUCUUCAGCCACACAAGCUCAACCUCAGUCUGCAGUCUUCCAGAGUCGGUCAUGUCAAGACCUUGCAAGUGGAGCCACUGCCUGCGAGGGUGACCCUAAAACAGAUCAGGUGCCGAGUUCUAACCCGACCUCCACAACAACAACAACAACAACAACAAAAACAGUAGCAGCCAGCAGAGGCUUCCAGGAAUAUUCUAUCAAGCAAGAUGCUACCAAUUUACUUCAGAGCCAGUUGAAGAUCUUUGCCUGUGAGUUCUGUAAUAAGAUCUUUAAAUUCAGACACUCGCUGGUGGCCCACCUCAGAACACACACCCAGGAAAAACCGUUCCAGUGUCCACACUGUGACUACGCAUCAGCCAUCAAAGCCAACCUGAAUGUUCACCUGAGGAAGCACACAGGAGAGAAGUUCAGCUGUCAGCACUGUCCUUUCAACUGUCUCAGCCCAGGACACCUCAAGGUCCACAUAGAGCGAGUCCAUUUAAAGGUGAAGCAGCACUGCAGCUUCUGUGAGAAAAAAUACUCCGAUGUAAAGAACUUGCUUAAACACAUGGAGAAACGACAUAACCUGAAAGACCCUGCUGUCUCCCAGAGCUACCAACAGCUGAGGUUAAAGACUCGUCAGGGCCUCAGACAGCUCCUCUACCACUGUCCCACCUGUAACCGCCGCUUUAAGAACCAGCUGGAGCGGGAGCGCCACCUGUUGGUCCACGGGCCCCAGCGUCCCUUCGCCUGCCUCCUCUGUGACCAUGCUGCAACCAAGAUGGCCACCCUCGCUGCUCAUGUCAGGAAGCACCUCUUCCUAUACGUGUGCUGUGUGUGUGACGGGAAGUUUGUCAGCUCUCAGAGACUGAAGAGUCACUUGAAAGAGUCUCACCCCGAGCUGGACCAGGGGCAGGCCUUCACCGACUGCAUCAACAACAGCUACUAUCUGAUACAGCACGGAGGAGGCAUGUGGGGGGAUGAGGAGAGAGACGAUCCAGAUAAUGGGAUGGAGGAAGAGCUAAGGAUAGAGCAGGAUGGGGAAGAUGAGAGGACAAGAGAGGGGGGUAGAAGAGAUGGUGUAGGAGGGGAGGAGUGGCGAGAUGGGGAAGGGGAGCAGCUGAAAGUAGCAGCAAGUGAAGAUGUGGAGCAAGAGAAAGAGGAAGAACAAGCUAAAUCUCAGGGUGAAAGUGCAGAAGAAAUGCAGCGGAAAGAAGGAGAAUUAGAGAACAGAAGUGCACAGCAAGAUUCCCAAGAACUGCCCCAUCAAGCUAUUUCUACAGAAACCACAACUCCAUCUGACAGACAAGAUGAAGCAACAGCUGGGGAGAAGUCACAGGACAGCACGGUGGACACAUGCACCGCAGCAGCUGGAGAUGAUACACCAGAGAGCAGUCACACCCCCCACUUGGAGGACAGGACUCAAGAAAAUAAACACCCAGCUGACGAGAACACACAGACACCUUCAGCACCUCCUGUGGAAGAUAAACAAACUCCACAAUCAGAAACGGUGUUGGAGGUUUUGCAUCAGAGUGCGUUCCAGCAGGUGUUCUCAACUCUUCAGAAGACUCGGCUCAAUAUGGAGUCUUUCCAACGACUCAGGAAAAUUUACGGAGACUUGGAAUGUCAAUACUGUGGUAAACUGUUCUGGUACAAAGUCCACUAUAACGUCCAUGUACGCACACACACCAAGGAGCACUCGCAUUACUGUUCAAAGUGUAGCUACUCGUCCAUCACCAAAAGCUCUUUAAAGCGGCACCAGAUCCAGAAGCACAGCGGCUUGCUACUGCCUUGUUCGAAUCUCGGCUGUAAAUACACCACACCUGACAAAUACAAACUUCAGGCCCAUUUGAAGACACACCAGGAACAGGGGAAGAGCUUGACUUGUCCUGUCUGCCAGAACAGCUAUCCAGAACACAGACUAAAACACCACAUCAAAACAUCCCACCCUGACACGCUACCUAUGCAGGGUAAAGGACUGAUGGUGCAGCGCGCAGAGAAGUGCCCCUACUGUGACUCCUAUUUCCUGAAGAACAGCAGUGACUUUCAGAGGCACAUCUGGGCCCACCAAGGUUUGAAGCCAUAUGUCUGCAGUGUGUGUGACUAUGCAGGCCGCAGUAGAAGCAACCUGAAGACUCACAUGAACCGACACAACACAGAGAGAAGUCACCUCUGUGAUCUGUGCGGUAAAAAGUUCAAAUCUAAAGUCACGCUCAAAAGCCACAGACUGAGCCACACCGAUGAAGGGAAGCGGUUUCAAUGUUCGGAGUGUGACUUCACCUCGGUCUCCAAACCUUCCUUGCUCAGACACAUGGAGCAACACGCUGAGUUUAAGCCAUUUCGCUGUGCCCACUGCCACUACUCCUGCAACAUCGCUGGUCCCCUGAAGCGACACUACAACAUGAAACACCCAGAUCAGAAAUAUCAGAAUGCCGGACCUGGACUGCCUAACCCUGAUGCUCUGAAACAGCAAGGUGGUAUGAAGUGUCCUGAAUGUGAAUUUGUUUAUGGCACCAAGUGGGAGCUGAACCGCCACCUGAAGAGCAAACACAGCCUGAAAGUAGUGGAAGGCACCUGGGAGGUGGGGGAGACAGUAGAGGCCCAGUACGUGCCUGUGGAGGAUGAAGAGCAGCUAACGGAAGAACCUGUAGCAGCCCUACAGGACAAUGUUAAUAUCCAGCAGAUUACCGAAUUCAGUUCCGAGACUCACGACGCCGUCACCUCCAUGGUCGCCAUGGCUCCAGGCACUGUUACCGUCGUACAACAGUUGCAGGUGGCUGAUGAGCAGGAAGUUGGUAACUGCAGCAACCAGCUGAUGGUGGUGAAUGCAGAGGGGGGUCUAGUCGGUAACCAGGUGAUGGUGGUGGAGGACGCACACGGCCUGGAGGCUCUGACAGUCCUCACUCAGGGAGAAAACACUCACCACUAUAUUGUCUACGUCCAGGAACACACUGUAGAAAUCAACUAGUAAUGCUACAGUAGCAUUUCAACAUCUGUCGAUCCAUCAGUGUUAAGGGGAU